ACUCGGUAGGCGCGGCCGAGUGAGGGUGGGCGUGGCCCGAGGGACUGGAGACCGCCGCUCCUCUAGCAUCCGAGAACCAUCUUCUAGCUGCUGCCACUUAAGGCGGCUCCACCAUCGUCCGGGGGACUCAUCAGCAUCACAGCAUCACCGUCCGACCGCACAGGCUCGGCCGGCCCGGGCCUCACCCCGUCCAGAAGGAGGAUGCGGCCCGCGCAGGAGCUGGUGGUGAAAAACUCUUCCCGCGAAUUCAGGAGCUCUACCACCUCCACCGCGUCCUCAUCCACACUGCCCUUCCGGCUAAGGUCCGCCUUGCUUAGACUCUGCGCCUUCCAUCGGCCGAACUCUGCGCUGCGGUCCAUGAGCGAGUGAGCUGAAGUCGGCUCUCUCUGCUUUGGAAUUCGCCUUCUUCUCCACGGGCGCAGCCAUAUUGAUACCACGGUGGCCGGAGAGGAUCAAACUUCCCCAUUUGCGCAACCAGGCGCGAGGCGUGCGUCGCAAGACGGUAGAGGCGUAACCCGUGAGGUGGGGCCUUGCAAAGUUAGGAAAAGCCAGCCCAUCUCUUUUCUCACAGAACUUCUGGAGCUUAGGAGGUUUUGAUUCCUACUCUAGAGGAGGAUUGCCAUGGCAACUGGACAGAAGUUGAUGAGGGCUAUUCGAGUGUUUGAAUUUGGUGGACCAGAGGUGCUAAAGUUCCAGUCGGAUGUGGUCGUUCCUGUUCCACAGAGCCAUCAGGUCCUAAUCAAAGUCCACGCCUGUGGUGUCAACCCAGUGGAGACAUAUAUUCGCUCUGGGACCUACAGUCGAAAACCUUCCUUACCCUACACUCCGGGCUCCGAUGUGGCUGGGAUCAUAGAAUCUGUUGGGGACAGUGUGUCUGCUUUCAAGAAAGGUGACAGGGUCUUCUGCUCCAGCACACUCUCUGGUGGCUACGCAGAAUUUGCUCUUGCAGCGGAUCACACUACCUACCCCCUUCCCGAGACACUGGACUUCAGGCAGGGGGCUGCCCUGGGGAUCCCGUACUUCACAGCCUGCAGAGCUCUCUUCCACAGUGCCCGAGCUCGAGCUGGGGAAAGCGUUCUGGUUCACGGGGCCAGCGGAGGAGUUGGAUUAGCUACAUGCCAGAUUGCCAGAGCUCAUGGCUUAAAGGUUUUGGGCACAGCUGGUUCUGAGGAAGGAAAAAAGCUUGUUCUGCAAAAUGGAGCCCAUGAAGUGUUUAAUCACAAAGAAGCCAACUAUAUUGAUAAAAUCAAGACGUCUGUUGGUGAUAAGGACAAGGGGGUUGAUGUGAUUAUUGAGAUGCUGGCGAAUGAGAACCUGAGCAAUGACCUGAAGCUUUUGUCCUACGGAGGACGGGUCAUCAUUGUUGGCUGUAGAGGUUCCAUUGAGAUAAACCCAAGGGACACCAUGGCCAAAGAGACAAGUAUAAUCGGAGUCUCUCUCUUUUCAGCCACCAAGGAGGAAUUCCAGCAAUUCGCAGGCAUCCUCCAAGCAGGGAUGGAAAAAGGUUGGGUGAGACCCGUGAUAGGUUCUGAGUAUCCACUGGAGAAGGCAGCCCAGGCCCAUGAAGACAUCAUCCGCAGCAGCGGGAAGACUGGGAAAAUGAUUCUCCUCUUAUGAGACCUGUGUUACCUUCUUCCCCAAGUCUCUGCUGCACCGUCUUUAAUCAGUGUGCUCUUGAUUGAGGUUCAUGUAUUAAAAACGCAGCUUUAGGGAGUAGACACAGUGGAGUGACGUAACUACAGAGAGCGGUGUGCCCAGUGGGGUCUUUGCAUGCAUCGCAAAACUUGCUUGUUCAUUUUUCUCCAUUUUCUUUGGUUGGAUGUUUUUGUUUUGUUCUUGAGACAGGAUUAUUCUCUGUAGUUCAUGCCGGCCUUGAACUCACAGAGAGUGAUCUUUCUGCCUCAGUUUCUAAGUGCUGGGAUAAGUUAUGCACUACCACACACAACUUCAUCUCAGACCUUCUUAUCUGAUUAAUUUCAUAUCUUUGAAUAAAAUGUACAAAUGCAAAAUAGUCCUCUACUGAUUGCCCUGGGCUUCCAAGCCUGCUCCUCUUUAUGGAGUCACCUGUCCCUUCAGCCAUGGCUGUCUUGGACCCUGAAGAUUUUCUGGGCUGAAAAACAUCUUUUCAAAACUAAUGUCCUCUUAGUCUGUAAGCCUCUGGGAAGGGCAAAAAUGAGCAACACCUGGAAAACCUACCAGUCAAGUUUCCUAACAUUUCUAAGAAUAUUAGAAUGCUCACUGCAUGCUCACCAGCCACCUGUGCUCUGGGAGGUCAGGAAACCUUAUCCUGGGUCUGUGGUACUCAGUACAGUUACCCAUUAAAUGCUUCAUGGUCGUUCAUAGUUUUUUGUAUAUGUGACAUGAGUCUCAUAGUUUUACUUAAAAUUCUAAUUUCACAAAUUUAACACAUUAAGAACUGUCUGCUUUGGUUUUCAUGAUAUCUUAACCUGGAAUAAAUUCUGUAGAACAGUGAA